AGCGGUUCUGGCAAUUAGUCUCGACCAAACCCCAACGACUGAGCUUCCCGCAAUCUCAGAGCACAAAUCCAAAAUCUAACAAUGAAAUUCGCAAUUGUUCUAUUGGUAGCCAGCAUUGUUUGCGUUAGCAGCCAGGCUUCACCGUCGGGUGGCAUCAACCCGUUCGCCGCUGCCAAUCCCUACGCGGCCGCCUUUAAUCCCUUCCUGAAUGGAGUAUUCGGCGGAGCCGGCACCGGAGCCGCAGCUGGUGUUGCUGGCCCAGUGGCACCUGUUCCUCCCUUCGGUGGCGCCUCAAUUUCCACCUUCUUCCAGUCGGUGGUGAUCCAGCGCGAAGCCGAACGCCUGCUGGCCCAGCCCGACUUCCCCGCCGAUCUGUCCGAGCGCGUCCAGGAUGUGGUGGCCAACUCUCAGGAGGCCAUUGCCAACUGCAACAACGCCACCUUGCCCUGGCUCCAGAUCCGCUGUGUGAAGCCCCUGCUGACCAGUGCCAAGAGCCAGCUGAAGACCAUCGACGACGAGUGGCAGGCGCGCCUUGCCGCUGCUGCCACCACCGCUGCUCCGGUUGUUGCAUAGAAGAUUGCUGCACCACCACUUGCCCUCUCCACUUCCUGAUCCUGCUGUUUAACAUCCGAUAUUAUCUUUGACUAGCUAGCGGCGACCAUCGACCAACAGAGAUGCAAUAAAAUUUAAAUAAGCUCAA